AUGCUUACAAUAACUAUCGGAAACAAUGAGUUCUUCCUGUCCAUAGUCAAUUUGGAGCCAGUUCACCUAUCAGACCACAGCAUUUGGCCUCUAUAUGUGGUAGAGCUUCUAUCCAUAAUUUUGACUUUGCUGUACAUCUCACGUCUAAUAUUUAUUUUUGAUAAAACUUCGCUGUUUCACAAGAACCUUUCACGAAUUUCUCAGGCUCUACUAAUCAGCUACUAUCCUAGCAUUGGAGCGCGAGCUGUAUUGCUCCUCUAUGAACUCAACUUUUUAUCUCAUGAAGACAGCUAUCUAUCCUCCGUCAUCAUGGUAUCGGCUUGUUUUGUUCGUUUAUGGAAUAUGAAUGUAGUGACAUUAUACUUACCGUCAAUAAUAGUUGAGCGGGCAUUUGCUUCCAAAUAUAUCAGUGACUACGAAAGGACCCUAAGGUCGUGGAUAUACAAAGUUAUAAUUCCGGUCGUCUAUAUUAUAUCUACGAAUUGCUACUCUCACCGACGCUGCGUCAACUCAGUAAUUCGAACGACGUGCGUUGGCUUGUUUUUUAUUACCUAUUGCUUGACGUACGUGAUCCUUUUUCGUCGAGAUCUCAGGAGACUGCAAGCUAUUAGCAGCGAUGUCCACAACAAAAAUGUUAUUUAUACUCUGAGCACAAAAUUUCAAUUGAAAGAAAAUCUCAGAGUGUUGAAGAUAGUGAUGCGAUUAUCGAUAAUGGUGUCAGCAGGUGCCGUGUUUGCAUGUCUCUCAUUUCUGCUAGCAACGCGUCUAGUAAACAAUAAUUUGCAGUGGAAUCACAUGGGUAAUGAGAUCGUCAACGUUUGCCAUACGAUAUGCGCCAACAUCAUCGUUUGGGUGUACACAAUUGCAAUCGGUGGAUUUCAUUUACGUCUUCUGAUACCGUGGAACACUGAAGUUGGAACCGCUGCUGAACGCCGCGAACUAGACGAACAUCGUGGAGCAACAAAUGCAUACUUCCAUCACUUGGCCACAACGUGGGAGAAAUAG